AUGCAUCGACCUAGCCUUUUCGCCUUCAGUCUAGCAAGCAAGACUUGCCACAGGGCCGCAACGUUUCUCAUUUUUCGGAAGAUUAGUGUCAUGAUCCAGGAUCGCGAAGGUUUGCAGCGCGACGCCGGCAGACUUGUCGAGGCUCUCUUCCGCACGGAUUCCGCUCGCCACGUCCAAAGUAUAACCAUCAAAGGUGCUCUACGCCUCAACACCAAAAAGACGGACAUAUAUAACCCUGAUACGCGUUGGCUCAAAAAAUCUGGCCUUGCCGAGAUACUGGAUGACGAAGAGCUCGUGGACUCAGGUUACCGAUUUGUAGUCUACGACGAAGGCGUCAUUAAGGAGUCUUCUGAAGAAGACAUGGCAUGGGCUCCCUUUGUGAGCCUGCUCGAAGCGACAAACGGCCUGAGAGACCUAAUCUAUGACUGCCAGAGUCAACUGCCGCCAAGUCUUCUCAGGGCCCUCCACGAGAAGCAUCCUUUAUGCAGACUUCAUCAUCUCACGUUCCGGUUCCGAACCUUAUUGUGGGGGGUCCCUUAUCCUUACGAGAUGGAGCUUGCCACUUCCCCAUCUCUAUACAGAGUCAGAGUUAUCUGUACUGAUCAAGAUUCAGAUGGCAACUUCGAUUACAACAUGGACGCCGUGAUGGAACUUGCCGCUGGGCUUGCCCCCAAUCUCAAGGAGGUUUCCAUUGCGGAAAUCGUCUCACAGCUUGCUUCUAGUCGACGUAGCGUGCAAAAGCUAUUGUGGCAAGGCCUCCCAGGCUUUUCCGGCGAGGUGACUGGGUCCUUAACAUCACUGUCACUCUAUUAUUGCGGGACCACAGCCAUGCUACAGAACUGGGCUAAGCAUACGGAUUUUGAUAAGCUGCAACACCUCGUCAUCGGAGGCGGCCACGAAAGAAGGACGUGUGGAAUCACGGGUGAGACUAUGGCAUGGAUUGCUCGGAAUAAUUUAUUCCCAAACCUGAAAACGCUCUUCGUCAAUCUUAAUCGCAACGACGACUACAACGAAAAACCACACUACAGUGAGAAUGCCAUCUCCUUUUUCCAGGCUAUCGACUCUCUUGAGGAGCUGACUAUCAAUGGGCCCAUAACGCCACAAAUGAUAGAGGCUGUCUUGAUCCAUCAUGGACCGACGCUAAAGAAGCUCAGUUUGGAGCCUUCUGAAAGUAUGAGCAAUACGCGCGUUCGAAGAGAAAUCACUAUGGAAUUCACCGAGGACCGAAUGUUGCAGAUCCAAGCUCUGUGCCCGGUACUAGAAAAGCUCGCGAUUACAGUCAUGCGCGACAAGUCCAGCGCGUCCGAGACUGCAAUCUACAAAUGCUUCGGCAAGAUGGAAAGCUUGCGAUCGCUUUUUCUUACUCUGGAUUGUGCCAACUGGCGGGCCGGUCGCGACCCGACGUAUGACCCACGGUUUGAAGGGGAGGAUCAAGAGGUUGCCUGUAACCAUUCGAGUAUUAUCAAGAAAGGCAACGUGAGAGAAGCGUUGAUCAAUAGCGCAGUGGAUGAGGGGCUGGCUCGCUCCAUCUGGGAAAUGAUCACCCAGAAUAAGACAGGCAAACGGCUCGAGCGACUCAAGCUGUGGACGAGGAAUGGUGGUGUUUUCCCCCAGGCCGCUCAGAUUAUGUUCCUCGAUCGGUUUGCCGAGAGUAUGGGUCGGUCGUGGCUGAUUGAGCGCUCGCCGCGCGAUGAUACAGAAGAAGUCACGGUGAAGGAACUUAAGCAGCAUGCAAGGGAAGAUUACGAACGUGAACACCUUGGACAGGUGAGCCCGGUGGUUGAACAAAUAUUCCAUUCUAUUUGGCCACGUAAACAAGGUAGCAGAGAUUGGCGGGAUGACUGGUCUAGUUUUCCUCUUCAGGGCUAG